GCUACUUGAAGGCUGCCAAGUCCGCGUUUCCGCACUAUGUUGAUGAGAUAGUGGGGAUGUCGGAAGGGUCUGGCCUCCCGUUCGAACAUCUCUUCCUGAUGCACUGUCAAUCAGAGUUCACACUCAUGUCCCUGCAGCAGGAGGAAGUGGAGACCGAGACAGAAGGUUGUACAACUGUAUAUCUUAACGUCCGUAACGGACCUCGGAUUCUGGCCCACAACGAAGACGGGGACUCGCUCAUCAAAGCCCUGGGUUACGUGGUGGUCGCUAGUAUCGAGCCCUACGAGCUGCCAAGCGGAGAGGUUGUCCCCGAAGAAAGCUUCACCGCCUACUGCUACCCCGGGCUGCUGGCUGGGAACGCAUAUGGCUUCAACCUGCACGGCUUGUGCACCGCCGGUAACUUCCAGCUGGCAAAGUGUGUGGAGAAAGACAAAAUACCUCAGCGGUUUGCGUGUCGCGCCCUGCUGUCGGCUGCGUCCGUGGAGAAAGCCGUGGACAUCCUCAGGACAGGCUCCGGCGUUGGACUGGCCACUGGAUACUCCUACAACCUCGCCGUCAGCACCAAGGACGGGGACAACGCCAUGUACUCAGUAGAGGUGGCGCCCGCGGAGGGGGAAGCGAGAAACUUGGUCUCUGUUCACGCCGUCGAGCCGGGAGAGGUCGGAUCUGCGAGUAGCUACAAUCAUUACAAUAUGUAUGAACACCUGGAUACCCCCUCCUGGCGAGACCUCAGCUCUGAACACAGGAAAGCCCGGGCUGGCGCAGUCGGACCGCUGUCUAGUAAAGAGGACGUUCUCAAAUUCAUGG